CUAGCAACCACAGUUUAAACAAACAUGGCAGCUUCGAUGCGGUGCGUUCGUCUUCUUGGAGUCUUGCUGAGAUCUCAAUCGCCGCUUUUAGCGUCUUGCAAACCUUGUCAUGCGAUGAGUAUAACAUGGUCAAGAAAGAGCAGUUACGCCGUACAGUUUAAGGAAUUUGGAGAUCCUUGCAAAGUUUUGGAGCGUGUCGAAGAAGCUGUUCCCGACACAUUGGGCGCCGACGAAAUCUUGGUCAAAAUCCUGGCAGCCCCGAUAAAUCCUUCAGACAUAAACACAAUACAAGGAACCUACGGAAUCAAGCCAAGCCUUCCCGCGAAAGCAGGACUCGAAGGUGUGGGAGAAGUGGUUGAGGCUGGGCCACAUGUCAAAAACUUGGAAGUAGGAAAUUGGGUGCUGCUUCCUGGCGAUUCUUGGGGGACAUGGAGGAAUUUCGGAAAAGGGGACCAGAAAAGGUUUCGAAAGGUUUCCAACAAGCUCGACAUAGUAACAGCAGCUACCAUGACGGUCAAUACACCAACGGCCUACCGCAUGCUCUCCGACUUCGUGACAAUGAUGCCGGGCGACACGUUCAUUCAGAAUGGGGCCAACAGUGGUGUCGGACAGGCAGCCAUUCAGAUUGGCAAGAGUAUGGGCCUCAACUCCAUCAACAUCGUUCGUGACCGUCCCAAUCUAAAAGAGCUGAAGGAUAACCUGAAGUCCCUAGGAGCUGACUAUGUGGUUACUGAAGAGGAGCUGAGGACUCCGGUGAUGAAGGACAUUUUUGCUGUUGUGCCACCUCCGAAGCUUGCUCUGAACUGUAUCGGGGGCAAAAACGCCACUGACAUGAUGCGACACCUCAUGAAAGGUGCCACCAUGGUCACCUAUGGCGGGAUGUCACGGCAGCCUGUCAUAGUGUCAACGGCUUCUCUCAUCUUCCAAGACAUUAAAGUGGUUGGCUUUUGGAGAACACUGUGGGCCAAGGAGCAUGGUAACACCAAGCUCGAUGAUGAAAUGUAUGAUUACCUGACCAAGAUUUCAAUGGAAGGAAAGCUGCAGCCUCCUGCGCAUAACUUGGUUCCGUUCGAAAAUUAUGAGGACGCUGUUAGAAUGUCCAUGGAGUCAUUUGCGGGAGCGAAGCAGGUUCUCGUUAUGGAUGAAAGGUUUGCGUAAGGCUUGAGUGAAAUAUGAAGUGAGAAAGAGCAUUCGUUGCAGACUAGGCCAGGUAUGAUCGUGUCCGUUAGCUGUGGUCAAGGCUUAUCGUACUAUUUUGCUUCUCAAUGCCUGCUUUUUUUGUGUGGGAGAACGGUAGUUGGCUGUGUACCAAAUGCAAUGUUUAUUUGUGAAUUUCAUCUUCAGAGCUGAGAAUGCACCAAUGUUUUGUACUUGGAAAGCCUGAGUGAUAAACUUCAUACACGGUUGAGUUGCUCAGAAACUAAAACCUUGUGCAUGGACUCACUGUUACAUAUUGUGUAGAUACGUCUCAUGCUACAGUGUCUCACAGUCAGUGAUAUUGUGUUAAUUUCAUGACACUAGUCUUACAGAUGAGAAGUAUGCUUGGUUUCUUGAACUAUGCAGAUCUCUUUGUUUUUAAUAAUAAAAUUGAAUUUUGAAUGAGUAAUGAUUCCUACUUAAUUUGUGUCAUAUUCAUGGUGAAAUCGCCUUUCACAAAUUCGUAAAAAAAUUUUGUUACCAGUAUCUGAAAAUAAAAGAAUUAUGUUUUUUA